AUGUGGCUCUGUGUCCUCCACAACUCCCCUUCCUUGCAUGCGGUUCUCGACCAGCCCGCUUGCAGGUGUAAUCCGAGGAAGCCCUGGCCCAGCCCAGAGCUCGACGAGGACGAGGACUCGGAGUACCCGUGGGCCUUGUGCUUAGAGGGGAUCUACGAUGAGUUGAACUCUCGCUACUCCGAGCCUUUCGGAUCUCUGCCGCCUAACCUGGAGCACCUCCUCAGGCACCAGCUUCAAGGGGCCACAAAGGGGCUACAGCAGGACACGGCCGUGACUUGGGCCGUCCAGCAGUGCACCGCCUUCCUCGAAACCAUGGAGACGGCGGGCCAGGAGAAGGAACAUUUCAUGUGGCUCCUUCGCCACUCACAUCAUACGGGGUGUGAUGUGAGACUCACUGACCGUGGGGCGGAUGUCAUGGGACACCGCCCUGGGCCAUACCCUGCUUUUCGGUGGCACUGGCGGGAUGUCCUCUCCUACCAGUGGCGCGAACCUCAGCACAUAAACGUGCUGGAACUUACGGCCUUCCUCACGGAGUUGAGGCGCAGGUCUCGCAACUCUGCAGAACUUGGGAAGCGCUUUUUCUGCGUCCUGGACUCCCUCGUCUGCUUCUACGUGCUGGCCAAAGGCAGGUCUUCUUCAAAGCGCCUCAACAGAGUCAGCCGCCGCAUCGCUAGCCUCUCUUUGACGUCUGGUCUGAUCCCCAUGGCCCUGUGGACGAUAAGCAAGUGGAACUUCUCUGAUGGUGCGUUGCCGGUUUCUAUGGGUGAACUGGAUGAGGAGCUUGCAGAAUAUAUCAAUCACCUUUACCAGGAAGGUGAUACGGUGACAAUGGCGGGUUGGACCGUGAGUGGACUCAAACGGUUCCUUCCUCGCUGCAAGCCUCACCUGCUCACAGCUCAGAUUUAUCUGAGAAACUGGCAAAGGGUACACAUGCCCCGCAGGACCAACCCCAUGACGUGGUUGGGGGCACGUGCCAUGGCUUCAGCGGCCUUUCAGAUCGGGAGGCCGGAUCUCUCAGUCACCAUCCUUUUGGGUUUCGCUUUCUUCCUGCGAACCAUGGAACUGCUUUCUUUGAAGAUCGGCCACGUUCGCCUUUUCCCGGAAGAUGGCACCAUUGUUAUUGCCAUUUUGAAUUCGAAAACUUCUCGAGGCCUGCAACAAUCUCUUUCUCUCAAAGAGCCUUCCCUCGUGGCAGUGCUCAAUUUUCUGCUCGACCGGGCACGCCCGAGAAACCUUUUGUAUGAGCACUCUGUGGCCUCUUUUCGGCAUGAAUUCUCAUGCCUGGUCCGUGCUAUCGGCCUGGUUCCGGCCGAUUUUCUCCCCUACUCCUUGCGACGGGGAGGAGCUACUGAGUUUUACCAGCGGACGCAAAGCCUCGGCCGCACCAUGGUCCAAGGCCGCUGGAAAGACUCUCAGACCGCGCGGGUCUAUAUAGACGAUGCCAGGGCCACCCUGGUACAACUUUGUCUCCCCCAACCCACAGCCACCCUUCAGCGAUCUUUGGCUUCUUUCUGGCGAAUGGCUGUGCCAGUUGGCGUGGGCGGUUGGCGCUGUAUUGCGCCCGCGGGGGAUCCUCCCACGGGAGAGGGGCCUACGGGCCAGACUUAG